GGUCGUUCAUGUGUUUUCAUGACUUUGAUUGUUGAAGACAAAUUGUUCUUGUUGUUGGUGAUUAAUUCUGAUUGUUAUCGUUGGAAAUUAAAUUGUUUCUCUGUAAUUCUCCUUUUAAAUUGUAAUCAUGUCUGGUCUUUUUUCUCGUAUUCUUAAUCGGGCUUCAAUGUUCAAUAGCUUUCGGAAUAUAAGUGUCCAACGACCUGCUCCUAAUUUCGAAGCCACUGCCGUUGUCGAUAAGAAAUUUAAACCCAUCAAAUUAAGUGAUUAUCAUGGGAAAUAUUUGGUUCUCUUUUUUUACCCAUUAGAUUUUACUUUUGUCUGUCCCACUGAGAUUAUCGCUUUCAGUGAUCGUGCCAACGAGUUUCGAGCUCUCAAUGCUGAGCCUGUCGCUGUUUCCAUUGACUCACAUUUCACUCACCUUGCAUGGAUCAAUACACCAAGAAAGGAUGGAGGAUUAGGUGAAAUGCAAAUUCCAUUGGUCGCUGAUUUGAAUAAACAAAUUUCCAGAGACUAUGGUGUCCUCUUAGAGAAGGAGGGAAUCGCUCUUCGUGGACUUUUCUUAAUCGAUCCUAAAUCAGUUGUUCGACACAUAACAAUCAACGAUUUACCUGUUGGAAGAUCAGUCGAUGAAGCUUUAAGAGUAAUCCAAGCUUUCCAAUUUGUCGAGAAACAUGGUGAAGUUUGUCCAGCUAAUUGGAAACCCGAUUCUCCAACCAUUGAUCCUAAAAAUGCCAAAGCUUAUUUUGAGAAAGCUAAUUAACAGAAUUAACAAUCAAUCGUUUUGUUUUAGAGGAUUAACAAGAAUGGACAAUAUGAUGUUAAGAAGAAGAAAGUAAAAGAAAAACAUAGAUAAUAAUAGAUAACUUUUUCAUGGAUUGAGGGGGAAAAGUAAGGUGAAAAUAUCAAUUAAUCCAAAGUUAAUUAUUAGAUUUAUAAAAAGAAAUUGUCAAUCCAAAAUUACCACAAUUAAAAGUUAUUCACAAAAAGGUGACAA